UGUGUCGCCAGAGCAUAUAGCGGAAUCCGUUAGACCUUGAGAGUAUAACAGUUUCAACUUUUUGAUAGCACCACUUUCGACUCAGUUUGUAACGGUUUAGCUUAUUAAUAACAACACUCCGUGUCCACCUUUACGAGUCUGACGCCACGUACUGUCUCUUUAAGAGGGGCUUGACCACUGACCUCCUGUCGGUCAGACAGUAUUUCCCCAUACAUUACCUCUCUUCUUCCUCUGUCUCUGCUCACUCUGCGCUUUAGUUCAUUCGUAACGGGUUAUCUAUUUAUUCACUUGGGAACCUUGAAGAAACUCAAGCAUGGCAGAGACAGGGAAAGGGGUCAACGCCGGUAAACUGGCGAGUAAUGUGCAGAAAAGAAUAACGCGAGCACAAGAGAAGGUGAUGCAGAAGUUGGGUAAAGCUGAUGAAACGAAGGACACCGCCUUUGAGGAGGGAGUUGCAAACUUUAACAAGCAGCUGGCUGAGGGAACCAAACUGCAGAAAGACUUAAAGGCAUAUUUUGCAGCAGCCAAAUCCAUGCACGAGUGUACAAAGCGUCUGCACGACUGUCUGGCAGAAAUGUACGACCCCGAGUGGUUUGGCAAAGAGGAGGUGGACUCCAUCGCAGAGGAGAUGAUAGAAAGAGAAAUGGAUAAUAAUCUGGAGGACACUAACCUUCUGUGGCAAGAUUUUCACGAGAAGCUCAUGGACAGUACUCUAAUUUCCAUUGAUACAUACUUGACUCAGUUUCCAGACAUAAAGGCUCGCAUCGCUAAACGCGACAGGAAGCUGGUAGACUUCGACAGUGCCAGACAUCACUUUGCCUCUAUACAGAAAGGCAAGAAAAAGGAUGAGGCCAAAAUUGCCAAGCCAUUGGCUCUGGUGGAGAAGGCUGCUCCCGGUUGGGCUCAGGGAAUAAUCUCAGCCCAUCAAAUUGCUCAAACUAACCUCUCAAGAAACCAGGCUGAGGAAGAGUUGGGAAAAGCUCAAAAGGUAUUUGAGGAGAUUAAUUACGAUCUCCAGGAGGAACUUCCAACUCUGUGGAACAGUCGUGUUGGCUUCUAUGUUAACACAUUCCAGAGCGUCGCUGGCCUGGAGGAAAAAUUUCACAGGGAGAUGGGCAAGCUGAAUCAGCACCUGUGUGAUAUAAUGACCAAACUGGAUGAGCAGCGUCUAGCCAAAAAAGACUAUGUCAAGACAGCCAGCACUGAGAAGAGUGAAGAUGCAGCCAACCACAAUCUCUCAGAGUCUGGGUCCGACAUCCCUAAAUCACCAUCAAAGUCCAGAGAAGAACCGCCGGUCACACGACCCCCCAGGCCGACCUCAUCUCAAGAGGUGAAACAGGACAACAUCAUUAACCUGUUUGAGGAUGCACUGGUGCCUGACAUUAACCUUACAACCCCCUCACAGGGGGCUUCAUGGGAUUCAUGGGAGCUUGAGCAAACCCCAGCUGCAGACCCAUCUCAACAGUGGAACUCAGACGACAAAGCUCCUGUGCAGAAUUAUGGGCAGUCGUAUGAGCCUCCAAACUGGAAUGAUGAGAUCACGCCUGCUGUGCAGCCGUAUGAACAACCCAGCUGGGAUGAGCAGGAAAGUGCUUCUGCGCAACCAGGCUGGGUCAAUGAAACAGCUGUGCCAACAGGUUCUGAACCUACGCAGCUAGACUGGGAGGACGGAGGUGUAAAGUGCUGGGGCGAGGAAGGGUCCCAGAUAGGGCAAGAGCAGGAUGCAGUUGCAAACUGGGGUGGUGGCAUUGCCCAGACUUGGGAGUCUGAGCAGCCUCAGUGGGAGGAGCUUCAGAGUAAUGAAGCUCCAACGGUGACAAAUGGCUCAUCAAAUGCAGAGCUCCCUCCCUCUGUACUGUUUAAGGUGAAAGCAAUGCAUGACUACGAAGCAACGGACAAUGAUGAACUUGAUUUGAAAGCUGAUGACAUUGUGCUAGUGAUUCCCUUUGCCAAUCCAGACGAACAGGAUGAUGGCUGGUUACUGGGUGUAAAAGAGUCUCACUGGCUUCAGAAUAAAAACCUCCUAGUGAAAGGGGUCUUUCCUGAAAACUUCACCCAAAGACUGUGAGCAAACAACCCUCUAAGACCCUGUUUUCUCACCAGUCUACUGAGAUAUAUAUUUUUUUCAUAAAAUAUCUUCAAAAAUAAGGGCUACUCAUGCAAAGCAAACCAGUUCUGUUCUACUUUGCUGCCUUUAGUAGAAUUGCUGCAAAAAUACAUUAUAAAGAUGGCAUUUAGAGCAACAUAUCAGUGUACACAAACUUUUUAAAGUGACGUGGAUGCAACAAAAAUGAUCCCAGGUAAGCUUGAAGACUUUAUCAAUCUUUGUCUUUGGGCUUAUGGGCCAUUUUGGGAAGUUUAAGUACAUGAAGUGUCCCCUAGAUUAUUUUUAAUCAACUGACCGUGACACAACUGACAUGUGUUUCUGCUGAUAUUUUCUUGUUGAAAAUCCUGUUUCCCACAAAAAUGUCACAAUACAGAAGCUAAAUGGGUCACUAAUGCAGUUUCAUGUUUACUUUAGAACUGAAAAAGCACCCUUUUUUUUUUCCUAUUUCAUUUUCUUGUCUACCGAACAUUAAGAUGAUCUGUCCCUUCACCCCAUCGUUACUUUAAAAAUUAAUUUCAAAAACUUUGUUCCCCAGCAAUGUGGUUUUUAGCACUGUAUGUGAAGGGCUCUUCUCCAACCUGUCUCUUCCAUAACAUAUCACACAGUGCUUUUAUGAUCAAUACUUUAAUUAUUUUUAUGUUCUUUCUUGGUUUUGUUAUGUAUAUCUUCAAGUAUAAGACACCAAAGAUUAGAGAAAAUUGUAUGGGACAAACCACUGUGUGUAGACUGUAUGAACAACAGUUUGCUUGAUACACUUUUUGCAAUGUAUUGUAAAACAGAAGAGCAUUUAAAUAUUUUGUCAUGGUUGCAUGGAUAUUUUAUAGAUGUUUUAGAUUGGUGCAUAAAUGUUUUACUCUUAUUUAAAGAACUGGGGGGGGGUAUUCUGUGAUACACUGAUGGCAGGAAAUAUUUGGUUUUACUGUCUGAUGACGUAAUCUGAUGGAAAAUAUGUUGAAGAACUUCUUUGCCAAACCAGUAUAGAUCUCCCAUUUCGAUAAGGUCAUGUUUUCCACCAAAUAUUUAGCUUCUAAUUUGUGAACUUGUGAAUGUUACUUACAUUGUGAGUCUAUACUGUGUAAAUCAGGAGUAUAUAUCCUCUUCUGUCUCCUACCUGUUUACAUACCAGAGCAAUAAUUUUCUUACCUCAAUGCUCUAUAUUUGAAUCAGAUUUGAAUAUUGAAAUUGAAAUCAGGCAUUUGAAACGAACAACCAGCUGCAGAUGGUGUCUAUAGAUUGUUCCUUCUAACAAAAAUAUGUGAAUGUUCUUCAAUUCUUUGAAUGUCUAAAUGAUAAAGGCUCUAAGAUUGGGAAAUAAAAUCUUCUCUUUAACUAAUUUAAUGUUAAUGGCAGAUUGUUCACACAGAGGAGAAUAUUCAUUAGACAAUCACUACUGACAUUAUAGUUCUAUAGAAUCCUAACACUUCUGGCUAGUAAAUAUAAAAUCAUAUUUAUUAUCUAUAUAAGAUCCACCCCACGAUACAUUACAGAUUAAAGGACUUUAUUCAUCUCAAAACAUACCAUUUUACAAUUUGUGAAAAUUCAGAAAUACCACAUGAACUAUAAGCAUGUUUUACCAAGAAGGAAAAAUGUGUCCUGGAGUGUUUUGGUAGUUUAUUAUGCCCUUAACAUGCUGUAACUGUGAGAAACUGAAACCUGUCUGGCAGCCUUUGAAAAGCAUAUUCAAAUUAAAAUCAUACUGAACAAUA